AAGCGGGCGACGGACGGAGCGGACACGACGGACGGAAGCCAGCAACCGAUAAGUACACCGUCGGUUUGCCGAAAUAUGGCACCUCUUGGAAAGCUUGACGAAUACGACGAAAAACAACAGAAUUUUGACUCGUAUUUAGAGCGUUUCGAGCACUUCGUUAGCGCAAACGACAUCAAACCAGAAAAGAAGCUAGCGGUGUUCUUGACCGUUAUAGGACCUCGAGCUUACGAAGUUCUGAAAAGCUUGGUCGUACCGGCAGUACCGGGAGAUAAGUCGUUCGAAGAAGUGAAAGUUUUGCUGAAAAACCACUAUAGCCCGAAGAGCUCGGUCAUAGCGGAAAGGUGCAAAUUCAACAGACGUGUACAAGAGGAACAGGAGAGCGUUGAAGAUUUCAUUGUAGCGCUAAAGCAUUUGGCAAGGAAGUGUGACUUUGGCCAGUUUCUGCAAGAUGCUCUGAGGGACAGGCUUGUGGCGGGAAUACGGCGCGAAGAAACGCAACGUGCGCUAUUCGCCGAAGAAAGCUUAACCUUCGAAAGGGCAUGCAAGAUCGCAUUGGAUCAAGAGCAGGCGGCACGACAGACAGCGUUACUACACGCCGGAAGCAAAGACGCGUCGUUGAACGAGAUAAGAGCGAACCAGAAAGAUAACGUCAAUAAGCGUGACGUUCGAAAACACAAGCAAAGCAAGAAGUCUUGCGAAAGAUGUGGAAGGGCGCAUGCGGCAAGCAAAUGUUGGUACAAGAAUGCUACGUGUCACAAGUGUGGCAAGUUAGGCCAUUUGCAAAAAGUGUGCUCGAACGAGAAAAAGGGACCCAAGAACGCGAAUGCAGUGGACUGCUCGGAGGACGAUUCAGAACUGGACGUCUAUCACUGCCUUAACACGGUGCGUUCGGGUUAUGAAGUGAAAGUCAAUGUUGAAGGGGCGGACGUUUUCAUGCAAAUUGAUACAGGAGCGGCUGUAACAAUUGUUCCUGAAAGUGUUGCGAAAACCGUGUUCCCUCAUGUCAAGUGUGAGCCAUCUCGGGUAAACCUAAAAACGUACACGGGUGAACGAAUCCCGGUAAAAGGGCAAUGUGACGUUUCCGUCACAUACGAAAACCAGACUUUGAAACUGCCCGUUAUCGUCGUCGAUAACCAAGGCAAGAAAUUGCCGUUGCUCAUGGGGCGGAACUGGCUUGAGAGGCUCAGACUUGAUUGGAAAAGCGUCAUGUCACUGGAGCAUGUAACUGAUUCACACCGAAUAGAAGCGCUGCGUAACAAGUUCCCGACAGUAUUUUCUAAUCAGUCUAGUGUCACGAACAACUAUCAAGCGAAGAUAGUUCUAAAACAAGAUUGUACGCCGGUUUUUUGCAAGGCGAGACCGGUGCCUUACGCGUUACGCGAUAAGGUUGGAGAAGAGCUGGACAGGCUAGAGAAGAGCGAGGUUUUACGCCGCGUAAGUCACAGUGAGUGGGCGACUCCGGUAGUUGUAAUUCACAAGAAAGAUGGAUCACUCAGGUUGUGCGGGGAUUACAAGGUUGUGCGGUUCACACACGCCGACCACAUCCGAGACCGCCUUGCAAGCCCGACGUCCCUUGCUGCACCGCCUACGCCGGAGGAGCCUACGCUCCCAGAUGUUCCGGUGCCUCGAGAAACCCAGCCGAUGGUGCCACAAGUUGCUUCUGCUGCUAUGCCAGCGGACUCUCAAGCCGGCAGUCAACAAGCUACACGGACGCGUCAGCAGCCGCUUCCACCACCGAGUUCCACAAGUGCGCCAGUGACGACACCGGAGCCUUGUACUGAGGCUCCGACUUCCAGAAGAAGUACGCGAGUGCGGCGUCCACCGGACAGGUACAAACCGGAGGACUUCCGAAGCUGAUGUGAGGGGGAAGGAAUGUAGCAGCGUGGCGCUGCAAGUCACGGCGCACCACGGCGCAUCGGCUGUGCGCACCCCGGUCACGGAUGUCACGUGACAAGCGCCUAUAAGUAUAGCACGUUCAAUAAAGAAGCGCUUUUUGCCCGUUGGAAUGUC